AUGUCAUCGAUUGUGACAGAUGGUGCCAAAGCUAUGGUUGGCAAAAAUAUUGGUUUUGUUGGYUUAUUACGCAAAUCUAACGUUAAUGUUCCUGCUAUACAUUGUAUCAUUCAUCAGGAAGCGUUGUGUGGCAAAAUAAUGAAGCUUGACGGAGUUAUGAAUACUGUAUUUAAAAUUACUAAUCUUAUUAGAGGAGGCAACCGUAGUUUAAACCACCGUAAUUUUAUUACAUAUUUGGAGGAACUUGAUUGUGAGUUUGGUGAUUUACUAUUACACACGGAUGUACGCUGGUUAAGUCGUGGAAAGUGUCUCGAACGUUUUUUUGUUUUGAGAAAAGAAAUACUUGAGUUUCUUACAACGAAUAUUAAAACUGACACUACGUAUUUGGAAAACCAAAUGGUUGAUAAACAAUUUCUAUGUUCAUUGGCAUUUUUAACUGAUAUUUCUCAACAUUUAAAUAAAUUAAAUUUACAACUUCAAGGUAAGAAACAAACAAUUUCUCAAAUUAUUGGAUUUUUAGAUGGAUUUUUUUUUGCUUUCUAUGCUCUGGCCUGCUAUAUUUUAAAUUUCUAA